GCCAAAAAACAAAUUUAAACGGAAGCAUUGUAUAAUUGAGACAACAAAUUGUAUCUGGGGAAAAAGAAGAAAUGCCCAAUGGCGGAGUCAAGUCAACCAGGUCCAGUCCCUACUGGCGUCAUGCGAGUCCUCCUCCGAGGAGGAACUUGUCCUCGGAGCAAUCCAGCAAUCGAGUAGGACAGCAGUUGCUGCGAUCCCUGGCUCAGAGCUUACCGUCUGGCCAGGAAGCCGUGCGUUCCCGAUCUUCCUGCCCAACCACACCUCGUCGUCGCCGCCAGGCCAGUGUCUGCAGAUCGAUGGGCAGUCCAGAUUGUGUGCCAUUGGUAUCGCACAGUAAGCUCAAGACACCGGUUCGAUUGAAGGCGGGUAUGCCGGUGAAACCAGUGCUGGGAGGAGAUCCACCCAAUUCAAAGACUCCUGGUCAGUCUAUGGUGGCCUCAGCUAAACGUCGCAAUGAAUCCCCCACAGUGAAGGCAAAAAGCAGGGAAGAAGAGUUCAAUAAGAUACCAGAGCUGGUUAGUGAGGCAUCCGUUGCCAAGGCCAGAGAAAAAGAGUUCGAAAAGAUACCUUCCAGAGUUCCGAUCUUGACUGAAGAAAACAAGCCAACAGAAGUGAGAGACACAAAUAAUUCAGUUCCGGAAACGCAGGAGAACUUGAAGCCGGAAACGGAAACUAAUUUAAUAAUAGAGGAAGAAAAGCCCACCGAAGGUAUACCAGAAACGGAACCGAAGCCAUCGAACUCGAAGAUAAUUCCCUGCUUUCGGGGAGAGUAUCCCACACGACAUCGUCCUGGUACUUGCCAAUGGUUCCAAUCCGACGUCCCCAAUUGCGGAAAUAUCGUGACCAUAUGCGAUGAGGAACAGCAAAUUAUGGGUGAAGCGGAAAUAGUCACCGCAUGCGAGGUUACCGAGGCACAUUUCCUGAGCCUGCAAUGUGAAGAUGAUAACAUGAACAACGAACCGCCAUCGAUUUCGAGGUGCAGUAAGUGCACGGGUUGUCCACAGCAACAGAGUGGUAAUUGGUUUGGACAGCAGCGAUCUUGUCCUCAGCAGCAACAACCUUGCUUUCAACAGAAGCCAUCUUGCUUGCAACAGCAACCAUCUUGCUUGCAGCAGCAACCAUCUUGUUUCCAGCAACAGCAACGAAAUUGUGGACGAAAUCCACCCUGUCCCAGUGCGAAACCAAAAGGAUGUCUCAAGUGUCAGGAGCAGCAGCAGUCCAGCAAAGCAUUUGCCUACAAUCUGCAGCAGUCGAUGCAGCAGCAAGUUCUGCCGCAGAUGCAGAAUAUGUAUCCGUGUCAGCAGCUUCAGCAAGUGAAUCUCUGUGAUCAAAUGGAACAACAAUUGCAACAGCAAGGCAUUGAGGAGAACAACUAUGGCCUGACCGAAAUGCUGGCCGAGGAGCUAAAGAAGCAAAUGCUCGAGGCUCAGGCGCAGAUUGCCCAAGUGCAACUGCAGUUGAAUAGUGCGUGUGGAGCCACAAGAGUGCGGCAGAUGCAUGUGCUGUCCCAGAAUGCCACUGACGUCCCACGUUGGGCGCCAGAAACUCAGUUCAUGGAUGUCCUGGCAGAGGAACACGACGUGGGCGAUGCUCAACCGGAUGAAAUAAUGGAAAACGGCGACGAGGAUCAGGGAUUUAACGCGCAAUUGGAUCAGCAUGCAUUGCCGGCUAGCUUUCCGUGCCAAACUAUCGAGUCCACCAGGUCGGAGACGAUUUGGACCAUGCCAUCAGCUGCUCAGUCGUCACAGCAACAUAUGCAGUUUGGUCUGUAUCCUGUGCCACUAACGAUGCCAAAUCAGAAUAACUACUUCCAGCAGAAUCCUCAACAAUUUCCCUGCCAAAUGGCUCCUUUUCAGCAGCAGCAACAACAGCAGCAAAUGGCUCAUUGUCAGCAGAUUCAGUCGUGUAGAGCACCACCUUGCCCGCCCAAGAAGGCGCCUCCUUGCCAGCAGAAGCAGCAGCUGCAGCAGCAGCGAUUAUCCUGUCAGCAGCAACAGCCCAUAAGAUCUGGUCCACCAGCCCAGUCCAAUAAGUGUUCUCAUUCUCCACAAUUUUGUCCCAGUUGUUGUUGCCAGCGGUAUGCCCAAAUGAGAUUCAUGAUGCCCCGAUGUUGGCUGCGCUAAAGAUUUCGAAAAGUUCUAGGUUUGUGGGCGUAACUUAUCUUGAACAGUCUUCAAGCUAAGAUACCUUACAAAUUCCAAUUUGAACAUGAAGUUGUGCAAUUCUUCCGUUUAAAAUUGAGGCGAAUAAAUG